ACCAGGGUGGCGAUCCAUUCUGUCAGAUUUCUUGCCUGGCGGCUAAUUUCAGACGAUUGAUUGGUCUUCUUAUUUUCUUUUCUGACGUUACAACGAAGAAAACUCCUUCCGGUUCCAUUAGAAAAUAUUGCACAACGGAACUUUCAAAGAAACUCUCUCUGGUCGCCUGCUCUAUUUGUUGAAUAAACAUUUAAUACUUCCCAACUUCCUUAUCUCUUUUUCUUUUCAUUGUUUUGUUUUUAUUAUUAUAUUUAUUUUUUGUGAUGGGUAGUUCUGCUGAAUCUGAAUUUUCUUCUUCUUUCUAUUCGUUCAAAGAUUUCCUGCAAUUUUUCGGUGUAUUAUAUUUGUGUUUUACAGGCCCACCUUCUUCUUUCUUCCUGCUUCCGUUUACCCUUUCAACGCAUACUUUUCUAUCCUGCAUAUUAUACCCAGAAUCCUCAAUUUUGCACCAUUGAUUUUCUUCAGAAUACCCACCUGGGUUUUUGUCUUCUUCAUAUUUUUGGAGCCGCCCAGGUUCGUUUCAGUCACAUUUCUUCUGGUGCUCACCAACUGUUUGAUUCUGUGUCUAAGCCCUCUCGGCACUUGUCAAUUUGUGGUUCUGCCUGCUGUUUUUGUUUUCUCAAAACCUCUUGGCUCUCGUCUGGCUUAUUCAUAUUUAUUUCAACCAGUUAUCAGUUUGAUAUGGAAGAGUAAGGGUGAAUCCCGCUAUAUAAGAUUGUCUUGAGUAUUUAUUGGCUGCUAUGGCGGAUGCCGUUUAUGCUGAACGUUUGUCUUUUGGAGGUUCUCAUCAUGGUCAGGGCCAACAAGUUGUGCCAUUUCCAACCAAUAAAGGAUCCUUGAAAGUUUUACUCUUACAUGGAAAUUUAGACAUUUGGGUCCAGGAGGCUAAAAAUCUCCCUAAUAUGGAUAUGUUUCACAAGAAAUUAGGUGAUAUGUUAGGGGUGUUCAAUGUGAAGAUUAGCAGUAAAAUUGAAGACCAUAUGUCUCAUAAGAUAACCAGUGAUCCCUAUGUUACAGUUUCAGUUUCUGGUGCUGUAAUUGGGAGAACUUUUGUGAUUAGUAAUAGCGAGAAUCCAGUCUGGAUGCAGCAUUUUAAUGUUCCCGUUGCCCAUUAUGCUGCGGAAGUGCAGUUUGUUGUGAAAGAUAGUGAUAUUGUAGGGUCGCAGCUUAUUGGUGCUGUUGGGAUUCCAGUGGAGGAAUUAUACUCUGCCACAAAGGUUGAAGGAAGCUUCCCUGUCCUUAACGCCAGUGGGAAGCCCUGUAAAGAAGGAGCUGCAUUGAGUUUAUCAAUUAAGUACACACCAACAGAGAGAAUAAGCCUUUAUCAUAUGGGAGUAGGCUCAGGUGCAGAUUACCAUGGAGUCCCAGGUACAUACUUCCCUCUCAGGAAAGGUGGUAAAGUUACACUUUAUCAGGAUGCACAUGCGCCUGAUGGUUUAUUGCCAAAAAUGAGGCUUGAGGGUGGUAUUCUGUACAAGCAAGCAAGUUGUUGGGAGCAUAUUUUUAAUGCUAUAAGUCAGGCUCGUCGCUUGAUUUACAUUACUGGCUGGUCUGUUUAUCAUAAGGUUAAAUUGGUCCGAGGCAGUAACAAUCCAGAAGAUUGCACAUUAGGGGAUCUUCUGAAAACCAAGUCACAAGAAGGUGUAAGGGUGCUACUUCUGGUAUGGGAUGAUCCAACUUCUAAGAGCAUUUUCGGAUAUAAAACGGAAGGGGUAAUGCACACCAGUGAUGAGGAGACACGCCAUUUUUUCAAGCACUCUUCAGUGCAAGUGCUACUUUGCCCACGAUCUGGUGGAAAGGGACAUAGUUGGAUUAAGAAACAGGAAGUAGGAACAAUCUAUACCCAUCAUCAGAAAACUGUGAUUGUGGAUGCUGAUGCAGGUAACUACAAGAGAAAGAUUAUAGCAUUUGUUGGCGGUCUUGAUUUAUGCAAUGGGCGUUAUGAUACUCCAGAACAUUCUCUUUUUAGGACUCUGAAAACAGUGCACAAAGAGGACUUCCGUAACCCUAAUUUCACGCCUUUUCAGGAACAUGCUGUUGGUUGUCCAAGAGAACCAUGGCAUGAUUUGCACUGCCAAAUUGAUGGUCCAGCAGCAUAUGACGUGCUAACCAAUUUUGAAGAGCGUUGGUUAAAGGCUUCAAAACCUCGUGGACUUCAAAAGUUAAAGGCAUCUUAUGAUGAUUCACUACUUAAGAUUGACAGAAUUUCUGAAAUUAUUGGAAUGGAAGAAAUGUCUUCUUCAAGUGAGGAUGAUCCAGAGGUUUGGCAUAUACAGGUUUUCCGGUCAAUUGAUUCCAGCUCAGUGAAAGUGUUUCCAGAUAAACCAAAAGAUGCAGUAGGCAUGAACCUCUUAUGUGGGAAGAAUGUAUUCAUAGACAUGAGCAUACAUACUGCUUAUGUUCACGCAAUACGAUCUGCCCAACAUUACAUCUAUAUUGAGAACCAGUACUUCCUUGGGUCGUCAUACAAUUGGGAUGCGCACAAAGACUUGGGUGCAAAUAAUUUAAUACCAAUGGAAAUUGCUCUUAAAAUAGCAAACAAGAUCAGAGCAAAUGAGAGAUUUUCUGCAUAUAUUCUUAUCCCAAUGUGGCCAGAAGGUGUUCCAACAAGUGCUCCCAUUCAGAGGAUUCUCUUUUGGCAGGUAAGGUGCAUUUACAUUCUGAAAAUACUUCUGCAAAUUAAUCACAAGUUAUUAAUAAAUUAAACGUCAGGGCAGAAGUAACUGUAAUAUAAGAAGUUCUUGCACUCUAAUCAGCUUAGGAUUCACAGAACUGGCAACUAUUAUGACAUGUUGUUUUAGGUAGUUGGACAAAUGUUGUUUUACUCUGCUUGUUCUAAUGCAUGUGUUGCUUACACAUUAAUUUACAUUUUUCAGAAUAAGUGCAUUUGUUCUGGAGCAAGACAUUGCAUCCCACCAUAUUAUGAGGGUUUCCUGCUGCAUAUUUGUAGAAAUAUUAUGAUAAGUUAUAUUUACUAUUACUGCUCACUGUUAUUUUAUGCUUGUUAGACAACCACGCAUCCGUAACAGAAUGCUAGAUGUCAUUUAGGGGAGAAGGUUGUUAAUUUGUUUUGUUUUUUCCUUUCUGUUUUGCCUAUAAAAUGAGGCACAAAACCAUUGAUGAAAUAAGAUGAAAAUAGGAGUUUUUCCUACUCUCAAAAUCUUCAUGGUAUCAGAGCAUACCUGAUCCAAUUUUUUAGCAUCCCUCUUGCAUUCAAUAAGCAAUGGAUGAACAUAUUUCUUCUUCGCCUGAAGUCCUUUUGGGCUCCUAUCUUCCGAUGCAUGACAGCCAUAUUCUCACUGAUUCGGCUCCUUUCAUUACUGGCCAUCGACUAAAUGGCAUUAACUAUCUACAAUUGUCAUCCUCGGUGUUAAUGUUCAUCCGAGUGAAAGACUGGAACGAAUACCUAACUGGAGAGCUCUCACCACCUCCUGCGAAUGAUCCAAAUGCUCGGGCAUGGAAACAUAGAACAAUCUUGUUAUGUCUUGGUUGGUGAACUCAAUGACCAUCGAGAUUGGAGAAAAUUUUCUUCUUUAUGAGACUAUGCACGAUAUCUGGGUCGUAGUUUGUGAGUUCUACUCCACUCGUGACAACACUUUCGCCAUCUUCAAAGUCGAAGCAAGUCUUCACGACCUGCACCAAGGAGAAAUGACAGUAACUCAAUAUUACAAUUUUCUUACCCGAAAAUGGCAGCAGCUUGACGUUUUUGAGGAACAUGCUUGGAGCUAUCCCAAAGACGUUAGGAGAUUUCAAAGCAUCGUGGAAUAGAAACGAAUAUUCAAGUUUCUUUUCUGAUUGAACAAAUACUUUGACGAGGCAAGAGAACGCAUCCUUGGAACCAAACCUCUCCCGAACAUUAGAGAGGUGUUCUUUGAGGUGCGACACGAAGAAAAAGCAGGAAGAAGGUGAUGAUGGGUGAAUCGCAACUCAGCCAUAACCUCGCUGAAAGCAGUUCUCUCUCACCCGAGUCUAGUGUAGCUCUCACAAGUGGGGUGAUUGAGCGGAAGGAAUGGCCAUGGUGCGAAUACUGUAAAAAACCUGGGCAUGUUCGUAGAAGAUGCUAGAAGCUUCACGGGAAGCCAGCUGAAAAGAGGUCACCAAAGCAAGAGACUCAUCGGGGCAAUUUUAUCUCAACUGAGGAGGAAUCAACUGCAGCCGCUCCUACGGAGUCCUUUAUUUAGUCCUGAACAGAUCAGCCUCCUUUAGAAAAUGUUUUCUCUCAAUACGAUUCUUGUUAAUGCUUCCACAGUUCAUAAAGGUAAUUUUUCUAGUCUCUCAACUUAUUCCUCAAAAAGGGGCAUGUGAAUUAUUGACUCGGGUGUUUCCGACCAUAUGACUGGGGAUAUCUCACCAUUUAAGGAAUACAAUAAGUGCAGAGGUAAAUUCUCAGUUAAAAUGACUCAAGUUCCCAAGUCGAAAGAAUAUGAAUAAUUGCACUGUCACCCAAGUUAAUUUUGUAUUAUGUGCUAUAUGUUCCCAAUUUGGAUUGUAAUCUCCUGUCAACAAGCAAAUUAUCACAUGACUUGAAUUGUGUAGUUACAUUUAACUCUAAACUGUGUGAUUUCCGACUUGGGCUCGGGGAGGACAAUUGGCAAUGCUAGUAUGGAUUCAAGUUUUUAUUUACUGCAAGCGGACAACUCUCUCUUAGUAGACCAAACUCAUCGUGCAAUAAUGUACUAAUUCUGAAACUGUAAAUAAGUUAAAUAGGAAAUGCCCCAUCAUGUUGUGGCAUUACCGUUUAGGACAUCAUAAUUUCUUGUAUUUGAAAAAGCUAUUUCCUAUUUUAUUUCGAAAUAAAAAUCCAAUUUUCUUUUAGUGCGAAAUAUGUCAACUAUCCAAAUAUAUUCGAAAUUUAUUUUCCAGUUCAGUUUACAAACUCAUAAAACCUUUUUCAUUAAUUCAUAGUGAUGUAUGGGGUCUCUCUCGGGUUACUAAUAUCACCGGGACAAAAUAGUUUGUAUCUUUUGUUGAUAAUCACACUAAAAUCACUUGAAUCUUUCUCAUGAAAGAAAAAUCUAAAGUUGGCCAAAUUUUUCAAAAAUUUUACAUUAUGAUUCAAAAUCAAUUUCACACUAAAAUUCAAGUAUUGAGAUCAGACAAUGGGUGUGAAUACUUUGAAACCAUUUUGAGACAAUAUUUUUCUGAACACGGUAUUAUUCAUCAAAGUUCUUGUGUUAAUACCCCACAACAAAAUGGCAUAGCCGAACGAAAAAAUAGACACAUUCUUCAAGUAGUCCGAUCAAUCAUGUUCACUAUCCAUGUUUCAAAAUUUCUUUAGGGGAACGGCUAUUCUCACCGCUGCAUACUUGAUAAACUGCAUACCCUCACGAACUCUUGCAUGUCGAACACCGUAUGAUACACUUUUAAAGGCAUUUCCACAAUCUCAUAUCCUUCAUACCCUUUCCUACAGAGUUUUCAGUUGUUCAGCCUAUGUACAUGUUCGUACUCACCUCGGGGGUAAACUUGACCCAAAGGCCAUUAAAUGUGUUUUUCUUGGAUAUUCACCAAAUCAAAAAUGAUAUAAAUAUUGUUAUCCCAGGACCCGUCGUUUGUACAACACUAUGGAUGUUACUUUCUUUGAAACCCAGUCAUUCUAUCCCACUACUGAUAUUCAGGGGGGGCAGUAUUAAUCAAGAAUAUCAAGUAUGGGAUAUAAGUACACCACCUCUCUCCUCUCUUCCCCAUACUAUUCCCGAGUCCUCAUCAAAUUUUUCUGAAACCAAUAUCAGAGAGUCUGAACCUGAACCUGUACCUACUACUAUUAAUAAAGAGUUACGUGUUUAUAUUAGGAGAAACAAAACUCCAGUUGAUAAAAAUUCUGAACCAACUACACAUUGCUAUAAGUGUACUCCAGUUCUUAGCAGUAAGAACACAUCAGGUAAUGAGCUUUUAGUCACAAUUUCUGAUACUGUUACUAUUACAGACCAUGAUACUGAGUUAUCUAUUGCCUUGUGGAAAAGAAUUCGAUCUUGUACUAGACACCCUAUACAUGAUUAUGUUUCAUUCAGCAAUUUGUCUUCAAAGUAUCAUACAUUUGUAAGUAAGCUUGAUGGCAGCUCCACUGAACCUAAAACAAUUCAUGAAGCCCUUGUACUACCACAAUGGGAGAGGUACUAUUUAAGAAGAGAUCAGGGCUUUAGAAAAGAACAAGACUUGGGAACUGACAGAACGUCCACUUGGAAAACAUAAAAUAGGGUGCAAAUGGGUAUUCACUACAAAACACAAUUGUGAUGGAAGUGUGAAUCGGUACAAAGCUCAUCUGAUGGAUAGAGGCUUCACUCAAUCCUACGGGAUAGAUUAUCAGGAGACAUUUGUCCCAGUGGGUAAGCACAACACUAUCUGGUUAUUACUCUCUGAAGCUUAUAAUCUUGAUUGGUCUCUCUGUCAACUUGAUGUAAAGAAUGCAUUUGUUAAUGAGGAUUUGGAAGAAGAAGUAUAUAUGGAAGUCCGUCCGGGUCUUGAGACCACAUAUGAAUCUCAUAAGGUGUGCAAACUCAGAAAGACACUUUAUGGUCUAAAAUAAUCUCUAAGAGCUUGGUUUGACAGAUUCACCAAAGUAGUCAAACAUAUGGGCUAUGAGCAGUGUCAGUCUGAUCAUACUUUGUUUGUCAAAAAUAGUGCCUCAGGUCAGAAAGUGAUCCUAAUUGUUUAUAUUGAUGAUAUUAUUUUAACAGGUGAUAACAUAGAGGAAAUUUAUAAACUCAAAAUUUUUUUGCCACGGAGUUUGAGAUAAAAUAUUUUGGAGCACUCAGGUAUUUUCUGGGAGUGGAAAAAAGGGAAUUAUGUGUUACAACGGAAAUAUGUUCUUGACCUACUGAAAGAAACAAGGAUGCUCGGGUGUAAACCAGCAGAAACGCAUAUGGAAACGAAUACAAAGGUCGGUUUUAAAACCAAUGACAAGCCAGUUGAUAAAUAAAGAUAUUAGAAAGUUAUAGACAAACUUAUUUGUCUCGUUCAUACUAGACCUAACAUCAGUUUUGCUGUUAGUACUGCAAGUCAAUUCAUGAAUCAACUUACUAUUGAUCAUAUGAAUAUAGUAUAUCGGAUUCUAAGAUUCCUUAAGAAGACUCUCAAGACAAUGACUAUUUUUCCAGAAAACAAUUAAUAGGAAUAUUGAAAUCUACACAGAUGCAGAUUGGGCGGGUUCUGUAACUGACAGAAGAUCCACAUCUGGGUACUGUACUUAUGUUUGGGGAAAACUUAGUUACUUGGUGGAAUAAGAAACAAUCUGUUGUAUCACGAAAUAGUGCAGAAGCUGAACUUCGGUCACUUUGCUC